AUGAGCAUCACUUGUCACCAAAAGUCCAUGCUGCCCGUGCGCAACACCGGCCUUCUGCGCAGAUACUAUGAGAAAGCCUUCGACAGCCUGCAGCAGAUUAACUGUCGUAUCCUCGCCAAAGCAUACAUUAAGCUCGUGGAACCCCGGAAGCAGGUUAACUAUCCAUACAAUGGACGCAAGAUUAUAUCCGGCUCAUCGCAGCAAUUUGAUCCUGAGCUGACCAAGCCAGCCUGGUGGCCGGCGGGUGUCACUCACCGCGAACCAGACCAUCUUCUCAAAGCGGAACGUAUUCGCCUGCUUGUCCAUAUCCUCUGCGAGCUGCGUGAAAGUCACGCUAUCUGCGUGGAGAAACUGAAGGAGGCCGACCAGUCUGUUCGGCGCCAAAUUGCCCCCGUCGAACGCAUUCCCGUUCUCGAUGAGAUCUACCACGUACGAGAGGAGGAGGAACGAUACCUAGACGGUCGAACAGGUAAGCGUUUUCUAUCCACUAUUGGUUCUUUCGGACACAUCUCAUACUUAGCUACUGCAGAUGGCUCCGCCGUGAUUUGCGUUUCCCGCGUCCACCUCCCAGAGCUCACCGACUCCCAGGCUCUGGGCUCGCCCACUCAGGCCCUCAAGGAAAGCAAUCCCGUCUACAGGAAGGAAAUUCCUGAUCUCGAAUCGCACACAUCCGUCUUCCCUUCUACCGCCACCACCUCCCCGCUCACGUCAAAGCCACCCACAUCCAAGGCGUCAGACCCGUGCAAGCCUCCUAUCCCUACAGCAUGGGAUACCGAUGCAUCGGCCUCGUUCGCGCCGAUCAAGCGCCACCGCGAGGGCGAUUAUCCCCUUGACCUCACCGGGGGAGCCAUAUUUCACCAGGAGCCGUCAGCGGCAGCGGCAGCAGCCGCGACAACAACCCUGGAUGCCAAUCCUUAUUCAAUGAAGUAUUACCCACACAGCCAAGCACAGCAGUCCUUACCUGUAAUGGGGCUCUCUGGGGACCUCGGAAGCUGCACACAUCCAUACUACUUUAAUUAUUAG